AUGACUUCUUCAUACCAAAAGCAGACAUCGUCUUCGUCAUUGUCAUCAACCGAUUUCAUUGCUAGUAAUGAUGACGUUAUCACGGAGAUUCUACUUCGUUUGCCAGCAAAAUCCGUUCUAAAAUUCAAAUUAGUAUCCAGAAGAUGGCUCUAUCUUAUCUCAGAUCCCAAUUUCGUGGUUCGCCAUCGUCGCAAGAAUGCUAAAACUGUCUCUGGUUUUAUCCUAGCUUGUGUCCUAUUUUUCAAAAUGCCACCGAACUACCUGUAUGUUGCCUUGGAUGUAAACGAAAACUCUACCCCGGGCCGAGCAGUUGGCCUUUCUUUUGACCCUUAUGCCCGGGGUUCUGUCAUGAUUUCACAGUCUUGCAAUGGCUUUCUUCUAUGUGACAGACAAAGGCACGGGUCACCUGCUCCUUACAUGGAUUACAUCUUCAACCCAGCCGCCAACAGAUUCUCCAUUCUUCCUGAACCGAAACUUGGAGGAAUGCUAGGAAUCAAGAUUGUUCAUUGGAUUAGCAUUCAUGGUGGGAAUUCUCGUCGCUUGGACAUUAAGCAGGAAACACUGCAAGCAAUGCCCAGGCCUCCACUUCCUGAGGAUUGGAAUUCUAUUAACUUCAGGCAUUUCGUUGAAUCUCAAGGGCAUUUAUUCUUCAUCGAUUUUGACAGCCCUGAAUACAUCAUAUAUGAAAUGGAGAAAGACUGUUCAAACUGGUUUGUGAAGGAUCGCCUAGAUAUAAACUUGAUAGUCAGUGCAUUUCCAGACAUGACCGAAGACACAGAAGAUUCUCCGAAUUCACUGCUAGAAUUGGACUACUGCAUCCCUCUGGUGUCACGAGUUGACAUUAAAAACGAAGGGCCAUCGUUGGUGAUGUACAUACCUGGUAAGUUUAUAUCUUAUGGAUUCAAGGAUAAUACUUUUAAGACUCUUCGUCAUCCCAUGUUUCGUGAUUCUAUGCGUUUCCGGUGGUAUCAUACUUUUAACUACAUGGAAACACUGUCCUAUGUUUGA